CAAUUUUGUAUACUCUUACAUCUUGUUUUGCAGCCAAAAGCUGGUUUUGAGCCAGAUACAGCAUCACUCAGAGAGAAAGUCAUUUUAAAUCCGGGCGAAAAAUGGCGCAUUUUGAAAAAUAUCUCCAUCAUAUCAUUUGCAUUCAUGGUACAAUUCACAGCGUUUCAGGGCACAGCCAAUUUACAGUCCUCGAUUAAUGCCGAAGAUGGCUUAGGCACUGUAUCGUUGAGCGCCAUUUAUGCGGCGCUUGUCGUCUCAUGCAUCUUCCUACCCACACUUAUUAUACGCAAAUUGACUGUAAAGUGGACGCUGGUCUUCAGUAUGCUGUGCUAUGCGCCGUACAUCGCCUUCCAAUUGUUCCCAAAGUUUUACACAUUGGUUCCUGCUGGUAUUCUAGUCGGUUUGGGUGCCGCUCCUAUGUGGGCAUCUAAGGCCACCUAUUUGACUCAGGUCGGUCAAGUGUAUGCGAAGAUAACCGAACAGGCGGUGGAUGCAAUUAUUGUGCGAUUCUUCGGUUUCUUCUUCUUGGCUUGGCAAACAGCCGAAUUGUGGGGAAAUCUGAUUUCGAGUUUGGUGCUUUCGAGCGGAGCUCAUGGCAGUAGCGGUGACAGCAAUACCACCACCUCUGAAGAUUCUCUGAAACACUUAGCAAAGAUAAAAUUAGUCUUUCUGCAAGUAUGGAAAUCUGCUAACGAGGAGGUCUAA